AUGAGCGCCGAUGCCUCGCGAGUAGUGGAAAAUAAUCGCCGCUCGAGUCUACGCGACUCCAUUCAGAAAUUCCAGGCGCUCGCGGAGAAAACGGAAGACAGUUUGAAGAAAAAUCCAUACUCGAAUUCGUAUGUAGAGCAAAAGUUUGACAAAGAAGCGACUGACUACGGUCGACCAACACCCGGUAGUAAGACUGAGGCACGGGGGAUUAAGGCUUCGGUUCACGUGUGUCGAGAGAUCAUUUUUUUAAUCGAAACGAUCAACGAGAACGCGAUCGGCGAACCGCCAAAUAGAGUAAUCGAAUUCGGAAAACUCUUUCAACUUUACUCCUACUAUUCUGAAACACUGAUGGGGAUGCUGAUUCGCGCUCGAAAGUACGGACUAAUCCAUUUCGAGGGAGAGAUGCUCUAUCAACGACAAGACGAUAGAAAACCAAUUGCUAUGUUGCUCUCGCUUGAUGAAGUCCGAACUCGACUUCGUCCAUCCGGUGAUCCAAAGAAUUGUGUCGUGUUGAUU